AUGAAGAGACCAUUUCCCGAAGCACUGGUGGAACCUUUCCUGAGUGAUAUCGUCAUCGAGAUCCUCCUGAGGGUGCCCUUCAAGUCGCUGAUGCGGUUCAAAUGCGUCUGCAAACGGUGGCGGUCCCUAAUCUCCGGUCCGGGCUUCGCCAGGUCACACCUGCAGAGGCUGAAGGCAGGGGACAUGGUUGCUAGCCAGAGGAUCUUCAAGACCAGCCCCCUCGAGACCAUAGACUACGAGGCCCUCGACGGUGGCAUUGGCGGUGGCGAUCACGCAGUGGUGGUGCGGGCUCACGAGCUGAGCUUGGACGAUGCUUGUUGGGAGCCGUUACUCGUGGGGUCUUGCGAUGGGUUGGUGUGUUUACAUGACCCCGGCAGAUUCCUGCUGUAUAACCCGAGCACCAGGGAAUGCAGGGACUUGCCCGGUCUAGAUCUUUUCGAACUGGAUGAGAUGUUCAUUGGGUUCGGAUACGACCCUCGAUCUCAUGACUACAAAAUAGUACAAGGCGAUGAUACUGGAAAUGGGCAAGUGGUGAUAUUUUCGCUCAGGUCCGGUUCUUGGAGAAUGACUCCGGUCCAACAAGAAAACCACCUUGCCGUUUCCGAGCAAGGAGUCUAUUGGAACGGGGCCUUGCACUGGUGCGUCCCGGCCGAGAGGAGAAACAAGAGCGAGACUGUAAUUAUGUCCUUCGAUCUGUCGGAAGAGAAAUUCCACCAGGUACUCCGGGCCCCUGAGGUCAAUGGGGACGUGGUUUUCGAGGGGCUCGGGGUUCACGGGGCCAGUCUGUUGUUAUACCAUUGCACCGUCAUAAAUGACCUCUUCGAGGCAUGGGUAACAAACGACUACAAGAGAGGAGGAUCGUGGAUGAAAUUGUUCAGUGUGUUGACUGAUGGCGUAUCAGUCCAUAAAUUUGUGAAGAUUCCAGCGUACACAAGGAGCGGAAAAAUCGUUUUCCAGAUUGAUACAAACCAGAUGACAUUGCUCAAUCCGGAGGAUGAUACUUACAGGAUUAUCCCAUCCAAAGCGACGGGAACCACUAGGCCUACACACUUAUAUGACGAGGUUGGUUAUUCAGCAGAUGAUUUGCAGGAACUUGUGCACGCUCUAUCGUAUGGGUAA